CGUGAUUAUGGGUAGAGGGAAAUAUGGCCCUGGCACAGCCUCUACUCAUGUUAGAAGAACGAUGAACAGAUGCUUAAAGGCUGUUCACUGUUUGGGACUGUGAUCAACCGUCAGUAUCGAGCCAGACUGUGUCUCCUUCUGGGAAAGUAUUGUUGGGCGAAGACUGAGCUGAAGCCCACGGAGACCGUCUUUCCCGAAGAGGCAGAACCUCCUUAGCUCCCAAGCAGUGUUUGGGAUUUCUGGGGGGCCUGUGACACGCGUACCUCUUUUGUCGCCCAGUAAAUUUCGCCAACCCGUACGGAUCGUUUUCGGGAGUGCUAUAAACCCAACCAAGAAAGCAAAGUUUCUGUCCUUUUCUGUCUUCCUCUCGAGAGAAGAGGAGCUUUUGGUGAGGAACAAGCUUUGGGUGCACGGCCAUUGCUUGCUCCCUUCUUUCUAGAACUGGAUAGAAGGUUUAGGAGGGAAAGCCAUGAAGGAGGAACGGGUUGGAGGUCUGGACUCAGAAGGAGGACAAGAAGGUCGAAGGACAUCCUCUUGGGCAAGACAGCCUGACGAUGUGGCGGAGGAAGUGAGGUGGGGAACGUCCGAAGGGGUCAGGUGGGAACUGGGCCAAGAAAGGCCGCAGCCCUGGGAAACCAAGUGGCCAGAGUUCCGGAGGACGACGCAACUCAUGGACACUAGACAAGAAGAUCCUUCAAGGAUGGAGGUGGACCCCUGGGACAAUAGCAGAGCUUUCCUGGCCUCCUUCGAGGAAGUGGCCAAAGCCUGCCGGUGGCCCAGAGGAGAGUGGGCGGCCUGGCUUCUCCCAGCCCUGAGCGGAGAAGCGGAGGAGGCCUUUCAAAACCUAGAAGCCGGAGACAGGGAGGAUUAUGGGAAAGUGAAGGCCGCCAUCUUGCGAAAGGAGGCCCUACGGAUGGAGAAGCAGCGCCAGCAUUUCAGGGACUUCUCCUGCCAGGAGGUUGGAGACCCCCGGAGGCUUCACAACCAACUCCAAGAGCUUUGCCACCGGUGGCUGAGGCCGGAGAGACGCAGCAAGGAGCAGAUCCUGGAGCUGCUGAUCCUGGAGCAGUUCCUGGCCAGCCUUCCCCCGGACCUCCAGGGCUGGAUCCGGGCGGGAGGGCCCGACACGUGUUCCCAGGCCGUGGCCCUGGCGGAGGACUUCCUCGUGAGCCAGCAGAUGGUUCAGAAAGAGAAGUGGCAGGACCUUAUUAACAUGAAGGAGGCAGUCGUAUCUUUGCAGGUGGUCGGGCAGACGCCAGGGCAGGCCAGCCCAGAGACCAUGUUCUGGCAGGUCCUGGAGGUGAAGGAUGAGAAAUUGCUGGCUUCAGGUCACAGAAAAGGAGAUCAGCUCAAGGUAGAGAAUCCUCAGGAUGCCGGGAACGAGCAAGAGAAAACACCCAGGACAGCGUCUGAGGCAAACCGAAGAAAUGUGGCGAUACCAGCAGAGACAUCCAAGCCAAGAUGUAAUUCUGAGAGGGGGCUUGGAACGGCACCUCUAAAGGCUCACAAUGAAUCCCCCGAGUGUUCGGAAAGUCUUGGAGCCGAUUGGGGCGAAACAGAUGCAGAGGAGAGGAGCAAAGAUGGCCGAAAUGUCACCAAACCUGAACUUGUUAGAAACAAUGCUGGAGAAAAACACAACAAUAGUUCUGUAUUGAAGGGAAACGUCCAACUGAUGGAUCCUGAUCAACCUGAAGGAAGGCAUGUCGGAACGCAGUCGUAUGAAGCCUCCGUGAGCGGGGAAGGCUUCAAAACAAACGUCCAGAAAGUUAGCCUUCUUCGACCUCAGAGAGGCCGUACAGGAGAGAAACCUGACCUUUGUCCUGAAUACGGGGAAAGCUUCCUCUGGGGAGCACCGUUGGAGAGACAUCACAGCAUUCAUGCCGAACAGAAGCUUUUUGACUGCCCCGAGUGUGGGCGAAGCUUCUCUGACAGGUCAAAUCUGUUGAGACAUGGGAGAGUUCAUACCGGGGAUAAACCUUACGACUGCCCGGAUUGUGGGAGGAACUUUGCACGGAAAGAAGGCUUGAUCAUGCAUCACAGAAUGCACACGGGAGAGAAACCUUACGAAUGUCAUGAGUGUGGGAAGAGCUUUCCCUGGGGAUCGGACCUGUUGAGGCACCGGAGGACUCACACGGGAGAGAAACCUUACGAGUGCCGAGAGUGUGGGAGGAGGUUCUCUCAGAGGUCAAAACUGUUGAGCCACCAGAUGACCCACACUGGAGAGAAGCCGCACCAAUGUCUCCAGUGUGGGAAAAACUUCUGUCGGAAAGACGGGUUGGUCAGCCAUCAGAGGACUCACAGAAAAGCUGAGAAUGCCCUGACUGAAGGAGGAUCGGUGGCCACACAGGAGCAUGGAUUAAUAAUUAUAUAAUAUUUAUUAUUUAUUUUUAUUACGCUCUACACCAGAGUGCAUUCCAAUAAAAUCAAUAAUGUACACAAACAUACAACAGAACAUUUAACAAGCACCUUAAUAUUAUGUGUAUAUAUGUGUCUGUUUCUGUCUGUUUAUACACUCACGCUCACACAAUAGGGCCCCCCGUAUUGGUUCCAAGCUUCCCCGCGGAUGCUGAAGAACAUGGAUUAGAGGGAGCGAACAAGGUCUUAAUGGCAGCACCCCAGGUUGUGAGCAGUGUUUUGAGUACAGUCAUGAAGGUGCAGAGGGAGAGAAUUCCACAGCAUUGGAGCCAAGUGGGAAAAUGCCUGCAUGCAAUAAAAUCCUUCAGUUCCAAAUAUCACGCUCUUUAAGAGACAAUCCUGAUCUGGUAAGCAGUUGGUUUCUGAGCUUUCAAAAUAAGGUGUUUAGUGGCCGAAAUCACUUAGCAUAGCAAAUCACAUUCUAAUUGGUCCAUUGGGUCUACCCAAAUGGUGAUUUACUUAAGUUGCAGGCAGGGAAGGCGCCCAUUUGACUGAGUGAAAAUUAAGGAGGAGUUGAUUUUCUAAAUCCCUAUUGAUUCAGUGGGCCUACUCUAGUGCAAUUUACUACGUCCUGCAUCUUCUGGAGAAAAUGGGAGCCCAGAACUCUCUGGUGGGGCACUCUUGACUUGUGCAGUGGUAAGCCCGAGAUCAUGUGGAGCAAAGAGCUGGCCUGGUUGCCAACAAGAUCCUGGCCCAGUCGGUUGCAUUCAGUGAGUUAGGAGUUGCUCCCAUCGGACACAGAGGCUGCUUCCUGAUGAAUCGGCAUACAUUGACCGGGGGUGGUGGUGCUAAGAUAUGUUCACAUCUUUAUUGUGGCUUUUCGGUUCUAUUAACAGCACCCAACAUGGGCAGCCAAUGGAGAAGGGGGCACCUCAUUGUGUAAUUCUGGGCUGAAACACUCUCCUCCCCUAAUGAGAAUAUGUGUGAGCCAUCUUGUAUAGAAAGCUGAUUUGUAUAAAAUUAGACGGCUGAUCUUUAUAGCCCGGCAUUGUUGGUUCUGACUUCUAGUAGCACUCCAAGGUCUUCUGUGUAUAUCAGUUCCUUCUGAGAUCGAUUGAUUGUUUAAUGAGAAUAUCUUAAUUUAUUGCGUUUUUAUACAGAUAUUUUAAUUGUACAUUGCCAUGUGUCCCUUCAUGAGAAGAAAGGCAGGCAUAAAGAGGUUUCUUUUAAAAGUAA